GGGGCGCGCGGCGCGCGAUGGGGGGCGCGGGCAGCCGCCUGUCCAAGGAGCUGCUGGCCGAGUACCAGGACCUGACGUUCCUGACCAAGCAGGAGAUCCUCCUGGCGCACCGGAGGUUCUGCGAGCUGCUGCCGCCGGAGCUGCGCGGUGUGGAGGCGUCGCUGCGGGCGCGGCUGCCCCUGGAGCAGGUCCUGGGCCUGCCCGAGCUCAAGGCCAACCCCUUCAAGGAGCGCAUCGGCAGGGUCUUCUCCACAUCCCCAGCCAGGAACAGCCUGAGCUUCGAGGACUUCCUGGACCUCCUCAGUGUGUUCAGCGACAACGCCACCCCAGACAUCAAGUCCCACUAUGCCUUCCGCAUUUUUGACUUUGAUGAUGACGGCACCUUGAACAGAGAAGACCUGAGCCAGCUGGUGAACUGCCUCACGGGAGAGGGCGAGGACACACAGCUCAGUGCCCCCGAGAUGAAGCAGCUCGUGGACAAUAUCCUGGAGGAGUCGGAUAUCGACAGGGACGGGACCAUCAACCUCUCCGAGUUCCAGCACGUCAUCUCCCGGUCACCGGACUUUGCCAGCUCCUUCAAGAUCGUCCUGUGACCAGAGCCACAGCCGUCCCAGCGCCUGCGAAGAGCCUUCCCACUGUGGAGCUGUGGCCAAGGCUAAGCCUGUGCUGCCGGCCCAGCCCGGAGCUGGCGCUGCGCCUCACCGGGGCAGGGGCUGCCACCCCGGGCCUCUCCCCUCCUCACUACUGUGGUCAUCGCUGUCUGCUAAUCAGUAAUAAAGGGCUUGCACUCUGCGUGUGGCACUCCAGACACUGGCCUCACUCUGGGAAUAAGUA